AUGGCUCCGCGAGGUAAACGCCUGUCCUCCACAACCCUGGAAAUCCUCUUCUUUUUGAACGGGUGGUAUUAUGCCACCUAUUUCCUGCUGGAACUCCUCAUUUUUCUGUAUAAAGGUCUCCUGCUGCCAUAUCCAACAGCCAACCUAGUACUGGAUGUGGUGAUGCUCCUCCUCUAUCUUGGAAUUGAAAUUAUUCGACUGUUUUUUGGUAUGAAGGGAAACCUCUGCCAACGAAAGAUGCCCCUUGGUAUUAGUGUGGCCUUGACCUUCCCAUCCGCCAUGAUGGCCUCCUACUACCUGCUGCUGCAGACUUACGUGCUCCGCCUGGAAGCCAUCGUGAAUGGGAUCUUGCUCUUCUUCUGUGGCUCAGAGCUGCUACUCGAGGUGCUCACCCUAGCCGCUUUCUCCAGGUACUGCUGCUGA